CCCAACUUUUUCCAUGGAAGAAAAUUCCGAUGCGCCGCUCCACAUGCUCCGGUCUCUGGAGCUUCGGCUCCUCCGCUGUACUCUACCGUCCGAUAAUCCCCUGCCGACAUUUCCACCGUCCGAUGAAGUUCCUCCCAAUCUCCAAACCCUCAUUUCCGAUGUCGUUCAAUUGAUCGAGUCAGGGAACUAUGUCGAAGCUCUGUCUUCCGCCGCAGUUAAAUCUAUCUUCAGCUUCGACUCGGCCACCGCGUUCUCUAGCUCGGCUGAUUCAGCCGAGUUAUUCUAUUCCGAGUUAGUCCCCCAGAGCGUCGUCGUUUUCGUGAAUGGGAAUUCCGAUUCGGAAAUUGAUGAAUUGGAGAAAUGUUUCAGGGCUUUUCUUGUUAUGGCCAUCGCCGUCGCGGCUUUGCUGGCUUUUACUCAAUCAAAUGUUACUGGUCCAGUGGAAAAAAUGCCAGCGAUGCCAUUGUUGCCAAUUAAUGAUAAUUGGAUAGAGUGGGAAUUAUGGGCACAAAAGGACAUAAUGUCAGUUGGUUCUGAUGUUCGAGGAAAAUUCUCAAAUUUCCAGUAUAUAGUUCUGUCAAAGAUAUUACUGAUGAAGACGAAAGAUCUGUUGCUAGACAGCAGUAUCACUACUGCUGCUGUGAGAAGUAUUUGUUGGUGGCUUGCUAGGGUGCUGCUCAUUCAUCAGAAACUGUUGGAUGAAUGUUCAUCCACUGUAUUUGACCUCUUACAAGUAUAUUCACAUGAAAGUUUACGACAUUUUGAUAGUCUAGGCAAAGUGACAAAUUAUUGGGGUCAAAGGCUAUCAGAAGAAGAUGCUUUAACUAUCAUAUCCAUGCUCCAUUUAGAGGUGGGGAUGAUGGAACUCACAUAUGCACGGGUAGAUUCUUCCAGACUGCACUUUGAAACAGCUCAAAAACAAUCAAAACUUGAUUUUUCUGUUAGUGGAGCUCUUGGAUUCCGCACCAUGCAUCAGGUGGAACCCAAGGCUCAGUUGCUUCUUGUAACGGGCAAAAGGAGUGAUAGUACCACUGGAUCAGUUAGCCAUGAGAUGCAGGAUGACAUAACCACCACUAUUGAUGGUACAUCACUUCAGCAUCCUCCUGAAACACAGGAAGCAUCUGACGUGUUGAUGGCCCCUAGAAUUUUAGAAGAUAAAACUUCUGAUAGUGGUGAUCAAGCUGUUCAAAUUUCUAGUAUUUCUGCCACACAGUUGAAGGCAAUCCAACAGGCUGUGAUUUUGGCGCAAUGUCUUUCUAUUGAGAAAAGUGCUCGGAACGAUGAAUUGCAACACUACAAAAUGGCACCAUAUAUGGAGGCAAUAGAUUCUCAACAAUCCUCACCAUUCACAAUUAAAUAUUUUUGCAACAUGUUACGCGUUCGGUGGGAAUCAACUCGUAGCCGCACAAAGCAGCGUGCACUUUUGAUGAUGGAGAAACUAGUUGAAAGUAUAAAUGAACCUUCUCCUGGUGUUGUGCAGAGGAUGUUUUACUCUUUUGCAGUGAACAACCCUGGAAUUCCUGCAUUACGCAAGGAGUUUGGUGAUCUUUUAGUCAGCUGCAGGUUGAUAGGAGAAGCUAUCAAAGUUUAUGAAGAUCUUGAGCUUUGGGAUAAUUUGAUAUACUGCUAUAGAAUUUUGGAGAAGAAAGCAGCAGCUGUAGAGCUUAUCAAGAAGCAAUUGUUGGAAAGGCCUAAUGACCCAAGGUUAUGGUGUUCACUUGGUGAUGUUACAAUUGAAGACUCUUGCUAUGAAAAGGCCCUUGACGUUUCAGGGAACAAGUCAGCUCGAGCUCUGCGAUCCCUUGCUCGCAGCGCAUACAACAGGGGAGACUAUGAGAAGUCAAAAGUUCUAUGGGAGUCAGCAAUGAAACUGAAUUCCUUGUAUCCAGAUGGCUGGUUUGCACUUGGUGCCGCUGCUCUGAAAGCUAGGGAUGUUGAAAAAGCAUUGGAUGGGUUUACACGUGCUGUUCAACUUGAUCCUGAAAAUGGAGAGGCUUGGAAUAAUGUAGCUUGCCUCCACAUGAUUAGGAAGAAAAGCAAAGAGGCUUUCGUUGCAUUCAAGGAAGCAUUAAAAUUCAAGCGAAACAGUUGGCAGAUGUGGGAGAAUUUCAGCCAAGUGGCUGCAGACGUUGGCAAUUAUAGCCAGGCAAUGGAUGCUAUACAAAAGGUCCUGGACAUGACUAGUAAUAAAAGAUUUGAUGUUGAUUUACUAGAAAGAUUGAUCGUAGAGAUUGAAAAACAGGCUUCAAUUAUCAAUUCUCAUCCUUCAAAGGCAACUGGUGGCGAUGACACCCAGCAUAUUCAUGCUACCUCAGAUGUUAAUUAUGCUGACAAAUCAACAAUUUCAGAAGACUUGGCUAGGAAGCAUGAAUUUGAGCAUUUGAUGCAAAUGCUUGGCAAGAUCUUGCAGCAGAUUGUUAAAAGUAGUGGGAGAGCUGAUGUUUGGGGGCUGUAUGCUCGAUGGCACAAAUUGAAGGGGGAUCUUACGAUGUGCUCUGAGGCCCUGCUUAAGCAAGUCAGAGCCUAUCAGGGAUCUGAUUUGUGGAAGGAUAGGGAGCGGUUUGUAAAAUUUGCACAUGCCUCACUGGAACUUUGUAAAGUAUAUCAGGAGCUUUCCUAUCAAACUGGUGGUCGUCGAGAACUGUUUGCGGCUGAGAUGCAUGUUAAAAACAUAAUUAAGCAGGGAGCAAAUUUUUCAGACACGAGAGAAUAUCAGGAUCUUUUGGCCAGUCUGAAUCAAGUACAAAAGGCACUGCAAGAAGACUCGGGUGCUGCAUAAUAAUCCUACGACCUCAUCUGCUGUUACCAUUUCUGCCGUUCUUAAGGAGGUAAAUCUGGUGGAUGGUAAAAAACUACUUUUGACUUUGCAUUCCACAUCAAAUUCUCUUACCCUUCAGAGUAUGAGAAGGAAUUUUUGGUAGACAAGAAUAAGCCUUUGAAGCCUCCUUUGCCUAUGUGAACUGCUUGGCUGAUAAUUGAACACUUUCAGAUUCAGUUGAUUAACCAUACUACAUUUUCUAGCACUCUGAAUGUGCUGUAAUCACCCGGAAUGCUUUUGAGAGCGCUGUGAAGGAGUAGUAGGCCAUAACUUGAUUAUUGGGACGGAUGCCAUUGGUCAGAGCCAGUUCUUGAAGUUGAAGGGUAAAGGAAAGAUUAUGUUUAAACUCACAAUGAGAGGCAAGUCAGUUGAUGCGUGAAGAACAAUAUCAGAAUUAAAGACACUACUUCAUUGGCUAUACAUAGAGAAGGAAUAUGUUGAAUGUGUCUAUACAUUGAAGUGAGAGAUAUUUCAUCUUCAGCUCCUACAUCAAUACAGCCUUUCAUGGUUUAUGGGGGAUGGACUAUCUUGAGAAAUAUUAUGUGGAGAAUACUGUCAUAAUCAUGAGAGGCUGUUCGCCGUGGCCAAUGAGAAGGGCUAAAAUUUGACACACAGCUCUCUGGUUAAGUUAUAGCAGCACCGAGCAACAUCCAACAAUUCCAGUCCUUGUAAAAAGCCAGGGGCUGAAAUUCAAAGCUGAGCUUUCUAGUUUAAUUGCAACGGCACUAGCAACAUCUAACAACUCCAGUCCUGGUAGUAAAAGUUGAAUUGACACUCCGAUACAGUCUGCUACUUGCGCCUCUGUGUUCCUGAUCGCAGAAUCAGAUGGGACUCCCUCCUCUACUCUGCGAAGGGCGCGGACCACCCUUAUUACAUAAUAUUGGAAACAGAAUACAGGUGAAUAAUCUGUGAACUGUUGUUGCGUGUUGUUCACCUGGUUGAGAUUUUCUUGGUAAUGUUAUUCCUAAUGAGAUUGAUUUACUAGAAUUCUGUUAAAAGAUGACUCACGAUUUUCUAGUCCGAUUGAAGAUAACGUUGUGAGGUUCUAGCCGUCUCAGUUGUGAAAGUUAAUAUGUAAAAUUUUCCUUAACCAUC